AANCUAGACAUUGUUUUUAGUCCAAUCAAAGGGCUGACAUGAGUUUUAACCAAUGAUAGGUAUGGAUUUCAAAUCCUAACCAAUGGGAAAUCCUGGUUUAGAUUGCUUAACAAAAUAUACUCCUAUUGUAACAAACAAAUUUACACAAAAUAAACUGUGAUUAGGGAAUUGGAACAUUAAUAAUUAUGAUUUAUAGAACUUUUCUAAACUUUUGUCUUCCAUUUAUUGACUUUAUUUCAAAUGAUAAAUUUAACAGCACAUUUUUUUAUUUCCUUGACAUUUUAUUCAGUGUCAAAAAAAAACAAUAAUCAAAGUUUUAAAAAUUUUCUUAGCAAUUUGCUCAUUUUUGGAGCAAUCAAAAUAACAAUAUAGUAUUGGUUCAAGUCAGCCUCAACAAAAUACACAAUUUCCGCUUUCCAACCAAAAUUCACAAGUUCAGCGUGGCAAUAAUAAAUUAAUAAUAAAUUGACAGUUUAAACUAGAAAUUAAGGGAUUUAUAUUUAUUUGCAUCAUAUGUGUUAAAUCCAUACUGUUUUUAGAUUUGAUUUAUUUAUUUCAGGUUAAAAUGUGGAGAUAGAUAGAUAAUCAGUUUGAUAGAUAGAUAAUUUUUGCAAUGGCUGAACUAUGGAAGCAGUGUGGGGAUUGGCUGGUCAGACUACAGGUGCUACCUCCUAACCAUAGAAUUUGCUGGCCUGAUGCAACCUUACAGGAUCUGGCGUUUGCUCUAAGGGACGGUGUCCUGCUUUGUCACCUUGUGCACACAAUAGACCCUUCAACCCUUGAAAUGAAACUUGUGAAUCAAAGACCUGCUCUAGCUCAGUUUCUUUGCCUCAAGAAUAUCAGACUGUUCCUGACUUCCUGUUCUAAAUAUUUUGACAUGAAAGAAACUGAUCUUUUCCAACCCUCAAUGCUUUACGACUACUCGGAUUUUGCUCAGGUUCUGCACACCCUAUCCCGUCUCUCCCUGACCCCCCGGAGCCUAGGGAAAUGUAAACCUGGGUUUCCUGCAGCUGCACUCGCACCAUCACAAGAUGAGGAACAGAUUUACAGAACCCUUGAGGAUAUGGUGACAGAAGACCAGUAUGCUGAUUUCUAUAAUACUCAUGGACUAGGGGGAGCUGGGAACUAUGGAACACAGUCCAACCAUUACUUUAACCAAGGAGAGAAAGAGGAGGAUAUAUAUAUGAGGAUCUAUUAUGAGACUGAUAAAAAGAUUGUGUUUAUGAACAUCAAGGAGCUAGGGGAGAACCAUGCAGGGUUCUACAAGGAUAUUCUAGAGUCAGUUACUGGAAAAUCAAG